AUGGCGUCGUGGAAGUCGUGUGUGUGGAUUAUUUUCGUAGUAGUGUGUAUAUUAGGAAAGAUUUCUGGUUUAGACAAUGGUUUGGCGCUCACACCCCCUAUGGGAUGGCUUGCCUGGGAACGAUUCAGGUGUAACACUGAUUGCAAGAAUGAUCCUGAUAAUUGCAUAAGCGACCGUCUUUUCCGGACAAUGGCUGAUAUCCUGGUUUCCGAAGGUUAUGCAGCAGCAGGCUACGAAUAUAUUAACGUGGACGACUGCUGGCCAGAACGGGAACGUGACCCCAGAGGAAAGCUAGUGCCUGACAGAGAACGGUUUCCGUAUGGAAUGAAGAGCUUAUCAGACUAUGUACACAGCAAGGGUUUGAAAUUUGGCAUCUAUGAAGACUACGGCAACUUUACUUGUGCCGGUUACCCGGGCGUCGUGGGCCAUCUGGCUGGCGACGCUGCCACAUUCGCCUCCUGGGGUGUCGACUAUGUUAAGUUAGACGGAUGCUACGCUCUCCCGGUGGACAUGGACCAUGGAUACCCUGAAUUCGGCCGACAGCUCAAUCUUACUGGUCGUCAAAUGGUCUACUCAUGCAGUUGGCCAGUUUACCAGAUCUAUGCUGGUCUUCAGCCAAACUUCUCCUCGAUCAUCGAACACUGCAACUUGUGGCGUAACUUCGACGACAUACAAGACUCGUGGGCGUCCGUCGAGUCUAUCAUAGACUACUACGGAAACCAUCAGGACGUCAUCGUGCCCAACGCUGGGCCUGGACAUUGGAAUGACCCGGAUAUGUUGAUCAUCGGCAACUUCGGUCUAUCGUACGAGCAGAGUAAAACCCAGUUCGCGAUAUGGGCGAUAUUGGCCGCACCGCUAUUGAUGAGCGUGGACUUGCGCACCAUCCGACCUGAAUACAAAGCGAUAUUACAGAACCGAAAAAUUAUUGAAGUUGAUCAAGAUCCUCUAGGAAUACAGGGAAGGAGGAUUUAUAAGCAUCGCGGUAUAGAGAUCUGGUCGCGGCCCAUCAUACCGAUCCAAGGGCAGCACUACUCGUACGCGGUGGCGUUCGUCAACCGGCGCACGGACGGCACGCCCUCCGACGUCGCCGUCACACUGCGCGAGCUCGGGCUGAACAAUCCCGCGGGAUACAGGGUUGAGGACUUAUAUGAAGACGUCGACUACGGAGUACUCUCCCCACAGACUAAGAUCAAAGUGAAAGUGAACCCCUCAGGUGUGGUAAUACUUCGAGCGGACGCGCAGCCUUCCUUCGCGUACAACGCGAUCCCCACUCGGACGCCGUACGCUCUCAACGACGUGUUCCGGCUCACUAAGAAA